AUGACCUUCAAAUGGGAGAGGAGGGAUGGGUGUGGGCUCCCUUCCAUUAGCACCAGAAAGUCAAAAUCCCGCUGGCCAACGGGAUGUCACCUGAUGAUGCGCCGGCAACAUCAUCGGCUGAUAUACAUUCAAUUCCCUAAACCCACCACCAUGUCCUCGAUCGCUGCCAUGGCCUCUCGCCGGGCUUUUGCCCGCCAAUCCCUCCUCCGCGCUCCCCAGCGCCGCUUCCAGUCCUCCAAGCUGGAGCAGGCCAACCUCGACAAGGCUCCCAAGCGUGACCCCGAGCUCUACGUCCUCCUCGGUGUCAUGUCUGGUGCUUUCCUGCUUGCCGGAUGGUACUUCGGCCGCAAGCCCACCUCCGUCACCUCCGAGAGCAACGUCCGCAUCGGCGAGAGUGCCAUGCCCUGGGAGCAGGCCGAUGCCGAGGGCAAGGUCUACAAGUACCAGUACCACCCCCACGGUGACAAGAGCCAGCCCCUGCGCAACGCUCCCAGUGCCUUGAACACUGUCAUCGUCCCCAACGUCACCCUCCCCGCCUUCCUAAGGUCACUAACUCUGUCGCUAGGACCUCCACGAGCGCUUCAACAAGUACGGUAAGGAGGAGUGGGACUACUGAACGGUCCGCCCCAUGCGGAAGGAUUCGAUUGAU